CUCCCUCCCAUCUGAAUUACUAACUCCCUCUCAGCUGAUGAGUUGACCGCGACGGUAACAAGAUGUGAUCAAACAAUUCCAAUCGCUAUGACCGGACGUAUUCUUCACUGAGAGGAACGUCCACCACACGACAGGACGGCGUGAAUUUAAUGACAUGGUUAGUGAGGCUUUUUGAUUGGAUCGAGUUUGGGACGUUCCGGUGUGACGUUCUGAACAACAAAUACACGUGCCGUGUCAAAACUUUGAGUCUUGCGGCCAAAACAAGUAGUUCCACAGAAAUUCCUGUGAAGGAACUGUUCAAGCACUUAGAAGACAGGCUCUACCUGAGCCGUAAUUCUGGGGAAAGGGGCGAGAUAGUGACGCAGAAGACUGAUGGGUUGAAGAAUGGAUAACCGCAACAUUGGUGGAAGUGGUUUAUCACGGAGGCGGACAGAACAUUUCUACUCAAAAUAAAUUCAUUCCAGAGACGUUCAUUACAGUAAUUCAGAAGAGGAGAGACUAGUACACCCAACCUGUUAAUUACCUUAUCAACAGUGCAGUCCGUCGUCAGACUUUUAACAAUAUAAAAACAUCGUUCACCGCACUUUGCUCAUACUCGCGCACAGUCAUAAUACCAUGAGACCUCAAGACAUUUUUCCAGAGACCAAUAAUCUAUGGAUUUUCGGCUACGGCUCACUGGUCUGGAAGCCGGAUUUCAAGUUUAAGAAGAGAGAAAUUGGAUACAUCCAAGGAUACAAGAGGCGCUUCUGGCACGGAGACACUUUCCACAGGGGCGACAAAGACAUGCCUGGAAGAGUUGUGACUCUGGUGGAGGAUCAUGAAGCCUGCACUUGGGGGGUGGCCUAUGAAGUCACAGACUCUCAGAUUGAACAAUCUCUGAAGUACUUAAACGAGAGAGAGUCGGUUCUUGGGGGCUAUGUCACCAAGGUGGUGGAGUUCACUCCUCGAGAGCAGAGCCAAAACACUCUGCUGGCCCUGGUCUACAUCGCUACCUCAGAUAACCCGAGAUAUCUUGGACCGGCUAGCCCAAAAGAGAUAGCAGCGCAGAUUGCCAUCUGCCGCGGGCGCACUGGCCAUAACAUCGAAUACUUGCUUCGUCUGGUGGAGUUUAUGAGAAUGUACUGUCCAGAGGUGGAGGACGAUCACCUCUUCUCUAUAGAGGCUGCAGCUGUGGCCCUACAGUUCUGAAGGCCAAGGACGAGGAUCAAAGGUCAGACCAAAGUUAUCUACAAAAAGACUUGAUGUCCUUCAUCUCCAGGAUUUGGUUCUCAGUAUAAUGCUUGAUCUAGAUGUUUUGAUCGGCGUGGCGUCACCAUCUGCUUCGCACCAUUGGGUGAAUCUUGAAAACAGAACUGUGAAUUUUACUUGUUUACAUUAUAUUUAUACGGUCUUAUAUGAAGCCACUUACCAAUGUAAAUCUGUGGUAAACAGAAACAUGUUCAAAAAUGUCUCAUAUUCACAGGCCAAGAUCGUCUGUAAUAA